AUGGCAGACAAGAAUAUCGAAGCCGACACUGUCCUUACGCUCGAUCGCGUACGCGAAUUCGUUCAAUCUCAGCUGGGCGACUCCUGGAAGAAGCUGCCGCCAGCCGAAGCCUCCAGUUUCAUCGACGUCGACCAGAGCACGUUCCCAACCGAAGAGUUUCACGAGAAGGCUCUCCUUGUCGGACGUAUCUACCACGAUGGCCUAUAUGAGAAGGUGUUCGCCUACGUAACGCGCAGCGGCCAUGUUCUAUACUACUGCGGCGCCCACAAGCUAUCUCGCUCGGACAACGCCGCUAUCAUGUUCACGCACCCGUUUCCGAAACUCGCGGGAGGGGAGGAGAGGCCGACUUUGAAGAAGCGUAGUUCUUUAGUUGUCUACCAUAUGAUGUGCGAAGGCUAUGUAUCGGAGUUCAAGAAGGUUAGCGGCAUAACUCUGGUUAACCUUGUGGUGGCGUGUAGGUGGAUGGUGCAGGAGGUACCCGAUCACAAGGUGUCUUGGACAAAAGCGGAGGUGGCUAUCGACAAGAAGCGCAAGAGGGCUCCCAGCCCGGAAAAUGGUAAGCAACGCAUCCUACAUCCUGAGGGCCUUCGGGGAGUUUAG